AUGGCUGAGAAAGAUGACACAGAAGGUCGAUGCCCAGCUUGUCGUGCUCCUUAUAAUAAGGAGAAGAUUGUAGGGACGGCAGCAAGUUGUGAAAGGUUGGUGGCUGAGAUGAAUAUGGAGAAAAAAUUUAAGACACAAAAGGGGAAAACUAGAACAUCUGAAGGGAGAAAGCAACUGACUAGUGUGCGAGUUAUCCAAAGGAACCUUGUCUACAUUGUUGGGCUGCCUCUUAAUUUAGCAGAUGAGGAUCUUCUUCAGCGUAAAGAAUACUUUGCUCAGUAUGGUAAGGUGCAAAAAGUGUCUAUAUCCCGUACAGCGGCUGGAACUAUUCAACAAUUUACGAAUAAUACUUGCAGUGUAUAUAUUACUUAUUCAAAAGAGGAGGAAGCAGUUCGUUGCAUUCAGGCUGUACAUGGAUUUAUGUUGGAGGGCAGACCAUUGAGGGCGUGUUUUGGAACCACCAAAUAUUGUCAUGCGUGGAUUAGAAAUGUGCCUUGCACCAAUCCUGACUGUCUAUACUUGCAUGAAGUUGGUUCACAAGAAGAUAGUUUCUCAAAAGAUGAAAUAAUAUCAGCAUACACCAGGAAUAGAGUACAACAGAUUACGAGUGUGUCAAAUAGUAUACAACGACGAUCUGGAAAUGUGUUACCACCACCUGCAGAUGAUUACUCUAGCAACAGUUCUGCUUCCUCAGGCAAACCAAUUAGUAAAAGUGUUCCAAAUGCUAGUAGCUGCACUAAAACUUCUCCGCCGAAUAGUAGUUCUGGAAGAUCUGUUGCUCUUCCUGCUGGAGCCUCAUGGGGAACACGGUCCUUUAAUAACCAGCCACCAUCUCCAAGUAUAACUUCCUGUAAUGGACCUCAAAAUCAGAAACCAGACACACCUAAUGGCCCAGUUUCAUUCUCUACGGUGCUUGCUAGCUCAAAUCAGAGUCCUCAAAUGCAUUCUGAUGCAGGGAAGAAGCUUGUUGCCACUGAAGGAAACAAUAUGGCUGAAGUGGAAAGCAAGCCAAUUUUGGAACCUGUUAAUCAGACUUCAUCUCCUGAUAGCCCUUCUGGUUUGUCUGAUACCUCCGGCAAAUUAUCUCAUCAUACCUCACCAGCUAUAUCCACAAAGCUAAAUGCCCAAUCAGCGUCGAGGGAUAAAGAUAAAAGUGGCAUUUUGCCUCCUAAGGUUAGCAGCUCUGAUGACAGCUCAUCGGAAUCUUCUGGCUCUGGUUCAAUAAAAGAUGCAAAUGAUGAUUGGGAUGAAACUGUUCAGAGUUUGUCAUCUGACAUGUUGUCAAUGAACGUUGAUAAACAUCAAAGUUUAGAACAACGUUGCCAAGACCAGCCUGGAGAACCUUUGACUUCUCAGGCUGUGAAAUCUGUGGAAUCUAAAAGUGAGAUUUUUACCUCAAAUAGCAAGCCAGACUCUGGUUGGGGUGUAGAAACUCCAGAGGUACAAGUUGCUGCGUCAUAUGAAGAGAAAGAUGAUCUGCAAUCUUUUGAGAACCAGAGACUGAAGGAUCCGGAACUUCUCAGUCAUGGUGGCUACUUUUCCAAUAACUCCAACCCUCUAUAUUUGUCUCAUGAUUAUAGAGUUCAUUCCUCUUUAGUUAAUGGUCCGUUGGAGGUUAAAGGUGAUCGACUAUUUGUGGAUAAUAAAGUUGAUCCGGUGUUACAGCUGUCUGGUACUCCGUUUUUGUCCAGUGGGUACCCUGAGAAACAACAGCUCAACAGUUUUUCUUCUUUUUCACGCAAUGGUGAAAACUCGUACUUGUCUUCAAAUAAUGAGACUUCAAACCAUAUAGUGAGAUUGCAUAAAGAAUUAUCUGGUGCUGGCCAGAAACCUGCUUCAGAUGUAGGAGAGAGCAGCAUAAUAUCAAACAUAUUAUCUUUAGACUAUGAUACAUGGGGAGAAUCACUAACUUCACCUCAGAAUUUAGCCAAGUUUUUGGGUGAAACCGACAAGCAUCAGAGCUCUCAAAGAGUGUCUAGCCCUUGGAGAAUGCAACAAAGCAACCAGUCCAGGUUUUCCUUUGCAAGAGAAGAGGAACCUUUUGCUCAUGGACACGAAGCUGAAUCAUCUCUGGGAUUUACAGAUCAAGGGUUUAAACAAACUAAUUAUGGUCUUGACUUUGCCAAUAAAGGGGGCAUUCAUGGGGACCAGUUUGGACGCAAUGGUUUUUCAUUUUUAAAUACUGAGGAACAUGAUAUGUAUACAAGCUCUCAUUCUCUCUACAAUUCUAACAAGCUUACAGGUGUGAGAUCUCAGAUAGCUGCGCCGCCAGGCUUUGCAACUCCCAACAGAGCACCACCUGGUUUUGUGUCUCAUGAGAGAGUGGAACAAACUUUCAACUCAUUUUCUGGACACCACAUGCUUGACUCCUCUUCAUUCAGGAAUCAGUAUCAGCCAACACAGACUGCAAAUAGUUUUAGUAAUGGGGAUCUUGAGUUUAUGGAUCCAGCAAUCUUAGCUGUUGGGAAAGGGAGGCUUCCAGAAGGGCAUAACAGCUCUGGGUUGGACAUGAGAUCGAGUUUUUCUCCCCAAGUAAAUAGUUUUGAAAAUGAUGCAAGAAUUCAGUGGUUGAUGCAAAGAUCUCUCUCUUCUCAUCAAAAUCAGAGGUUUAAUGAUAUGGGCGAUGCCUUUUCAUCUCUUGCGGAUUCUAUAAGAAAUCCUUCUAGGGUUGUAGAUCAAUCACUUUCGAACGGCAUGCCUCCUUUUUCACAAAUCAGUACUCCGCAGUCUAGAAAUCCUUUGAUGUCAAAUGGUCACUGGGAUGGUUGGAAUGAAGUUCAGAGCGGGAACAAUCUGGGUGUGACAGAACUUCUUAGACCUGAGAGGUUUAGUUACAACAAAUACUUUACUGGAUAUGACGAUUCCAAAUUACGUAUGCCUGGACAGAGUGACAUAUACAACAGGACUUUUGGGCUCUAG